CAUGAGUGUGUCGGGCUGUGUAAACAUGCAAGUUCCCUGAUCUUUCCUUAUUUUCAUCGAAAAAUCGCAGCCUAAAAAUGAAUCUGCUUGUGUGCGGAGUUCUCGUUCAUCUGCUCUUUCUGGCGUCCAUUUUCGACAUCUACUUCAAUUCGCCUGUGCUUCACGGAAUUAAGGAAUUCCAGCCGUCGUUUGCGCCGGCCGCGAAGAGGCUUGUGCUCUUCGUGGCCGACGGAUUGCGUGCAAACACAUUUUUCUCUCGCAAGGAAUAUUCGCCCUAUUUGAGAUCCAUCAUCGAGGAGCGAGGAAGCUGGGGCGUCUCGCACACCAGAGUCCCGACAGAGUCAAGACCGGGUCAUGUGGCGAUGAUCGCAGGACUUUACGAGGAUCCUAGUGCCGUAACAAAGGGCUGGAAGGAAAAUCCUGUUGAAUUUGAUUCCGUCUUCAACCGCAGCUCCCACACCUGGGCAUGGGGCAGUGCAGAUAUUUUGCCGAUGUUUGCCAAAGGUGAAGCUGCAGGAAGGGUGACAACAUUCACGUACCCCAAAAGUAUGCAACGAUUUUCCGGUGAUGGCUCCAACGAAAAAUUGGACACUUGGGUAUUCGACAGAAUGAAAAGAUUCUUUUUCUCUGCUUCAACAAAAUCCGACGAGAAAAUAGGAAAGAAAGGAGUUGUGCUGUUUCUACACCUUUUGGGCAUUGACACAGCAGGACAUGCAACAAAACCCCAUUCAUAUGAGUAUUUGAGCAACAUUCAACUGGUGGACAAAGGCAUCCAAGAAAUAGAAAGGGCUAUUGAGGGCUAUUUUAAUAACGAUGGAAAGACUGUCUAUGUUUUCACUGCUGACCACGGAAUGACAGACUGGGGUUCUCACGGCGCUGGCCUGCCUGACGAAACAGAGACGCCUCUGGUUUUGUGGGGCGCGGGCAUCAAAGGCCCAGAGAGCCCAAAGAAAUCGCAAGAAUCUCCUCAGCAGUGGGAUCUAAGUUCCUUUGACAGGAAAGACGUCAACCAGGCAGACGUCGCUGCUUUGAUGGCCGCUCUUCUUGCCAUACCAACUCCCACAAACAAUGUGGGAAUUCUCCCAACAGAGUACAUAGGCAAAGACCCUGAUUGGAUUUACUUGGCCGCUGUGAGCAACAUGGAGCAGAUUUUGCUGCAGCUUGAGAGGGCAAAAGAUUUGGUCCAUGACAAAGUGUUCAGCGUGUUCCUUGUUCCAUAUCCACAUCUUGAAUACCUAGAGAAGCUGCAUCACAGACUGACCCAAAAUGGAAGUGCCAAAGACCUACCAGAGGUCAAAAUUGUCUGCGAUUUGGCCCUCAUUGGAAUCGAGUACUACCAAAACUAUUUUGGGGCAAGUUUGAAGCUGGCAAUCACAGCUGCACACAUAUUUUGGAUGAUUUUCCUCAUCACGCGCCUCAUCAGCAAGCCAAGAAUCGAACCCAGGAACUCAUUGGUGUUUGAUUUCGUGGUCGUUGCUGUUUUAGUUUCAUCUUUUGUUCUCAUAAUAGCUCAGAAGCUCCCAAUCCAGUAUUUCGCCUACUACUCUCUGCCUGUGUUACUUUUGUGGCUCAUCCUGAGAGACGUGGAUCUUUGGUGGAGCCAAAUCACGUCUUCUUUCACCAAGAAUAACGUUCUGAAGCUUUCAAUGUUUCUGUCGCUGACAAUUCUUGGAAUUAGUUGUCUGGUCGCCUCCUUUUUCAAACGGUCUGUUUUGAGCUUUGCCCUGCUGGCACUAGCCUUAUGGCCUCCGAUUGAGAAGCUAAACGGUGGCAAGUGGCACAGAAAUCUGGUCGUUUUGUGGACAGUAAUUUGCAUCGCUGUUGCGGUGUUUCCACUGCUGCCCGUCAUUGGAAAAGAGGCCAAUUACUUUUUAGUAUUUCUUGCGGGCUUGUUGGCGACGCCACUGAGCAUCUGCGCGCUUUUAAUGUACUGUAACAGUUCAAAGAAACUGCUUUUAAGCCAGUCAGUUCUAGUCAUUUUCGCGUCCAUUAAUGUAAUUUGGAAUUCGGAAAAUUAUGAUGCUGGAUUGGGACUUACUUGGAUUAAUCAAAUCACUUCUUGGACAAUAUUUGGGCUUAGCCUGAUUUUCCCUCUGAUAGUGGACUCCUCAUUUGUCAGCAAGAUGUUGAGUUUGUCUCUCUCCAUCUGCACUUGCUCCAUCUUGCUGAGUGUGCGUCAUGAAGCGCUUUUCAUAGUCCUUCUACUUAUUCUGUUGGUGCUUUACCCAUUGAUCGAGUUAGAAGUCCAAACUUCAGAUGCUUUAAAAUCGGUCCUCCAUGAAACCCUGAUCUCAAACAUGAACAAUGAAAGGAGCGGCCUUUCUUUUACUGAUAUACGAAGAGCAUUUCUAUACCUGUUUUUUACAAUGCUUGCAUUUUUCGGCAUUGGCAAUAUUGCCAGUUUGAACUCAUUCGAUCCAGCGUGGGUGAAAGCAUUCGUGUCCACCUUCGACCCUUUCCUGAUGGGCGCCUUGAUUCUAAUCAAAACGAUUCUUCCGUUCUUUGCUGUUGCCAGCAGUAUUGCUUCAGUGUCUUUGCUUUCAAAGAAACCCAUCCAGUGGUUGCUAGUCCUCAGCAUGUGCGACGCGAUGGCGUUGCCGUUUUUUCACAUGGUGCAAACGAAAGGAAGCUGGCUCGACAUCGGACAGUCGAUUUCUCAUUUUGUCAUAGCCCACGUCUGCAUUUUGUUUCUCCUGCUCCUUCACACGGCCGCGCAUUUGUUCCUGGUUUUCAAUAUCAGAAGUUGCAAAAAUUACAAGGUUAAUUGACAGUGCGCAUAUAGACGACGCUUUAAGGUAUAAAUUUGUUAUUUAUUUUUUCAAAUUUGCAUCGAAAAAAAUCAGAUCUAAGAACUGAUUAUCUAAUCAAAGAAAAAUCUGUCAAAAUUAUUUUGCUAAAUCAGUCAUUUUAUUUUAAUAAAAAAUUUGUACGCUUCAAAUUAAAAAGCAUUUUUUAAUAACUA